AAUGUGUAUAAGUCGCCACAAUUUGGUGCCAUGUUAAUUACAGAAGUUAUAAAAGAACUAAUUGAGACAAAGUUAGGACAAAGUUCAUCUUUUGCUUCCCCCACGGCAAUCUGGGUUUAUGGAGUGGCUACAGGACUCCACUGCCAAAGUUGCCCCUGAGGUCACCAAAGCAAGGAUUUCCAGACCAGACCCACCGCGUUGCCAACUUUGAAGCCACUGCAUUGCACCAUAGCACGGAGGGACAGAGUGGACCCACCAAGGUGCUGAAGCCAUCGCCACUUCAGUUGCCACAUGAAGCUGCCACAUUUCUUCCACAGCCACAAGGAACGGACCUGAACCACCAAGCCGCAUGGAGGAACGGAUCCGACCCACUAUGAUGAAGCCUUUGAUAAAGCCAUGGCCAUGAGAAAUGGACGUCUGGAUCCACCGCGCUGCCACUGCCACAGCGGGUCCUGGCAACCACCCUCCUCCUCUGCAGCUGCAGAACAGAAGAAAAAGUGAACUUUGAUACAAAAGAAAACUGAAGAAAUAAAGAAACAAAACAAAAAGAACAAAGAAGAAUGCAGCUGGCCAGGAAGCUUAAAAUAUUGCCACCAUGACUGACUCGAAGUAUUUCACCACUAAUAAAAAAGGAGAGAUAUUCGAAUUGAAGGCUGAACUGAAUAAUGAAAAGAAAGAGAAAAGAAAAGAAGCAGUUAAGAAAGUCAUUGCUGCAAUGACAGUUGGCAAGGAUGUGAGUUCACUUUUUCCAGAUGUGGUGAACUGUAUGCAGACUGACAACCUGGAGUUGAAGAAGUUGGUUUAUCUCUACCUCAUGAACUACGCCAAGAAUCAGCCUGACAUGGCCAUCAUGGCUGUCAACAGCUUUGUUAAGGAUUGUGAAGAUCCCAACCCCUUGAUUAGAGCUCUGGCAGUCCGUACGAUGGGAUGCAUACGUGUGGACAAAAUAACAGAGUAUCUUUGUGAGCCGCUCCGCAAGUGUCUGAAAGAUGAAGAUCCGUACGUCCGGAAAACAGCUGCUGUCUGUGUGGCCAAACUGCACGAUAUCAAUGCUCAGAUGGUCGAGGAUCAAGGCUUCCUGGAUUCACUGCGAGACCUAAUUGCUGACUCAAACCCCAUGGUGGUUGCGAAUGCUGUGGCAGCACUGUCUGAGAUUAGUGAAUCCCAUCCCAACAGUAACCUGCUUGACCUCAAUCCUCAGAACAUCAACAAACUCAUCACUGCUCUCAAUGAGUGUACCGAGUGGGGCCAGAUCUUCAUACUUGACUGCCUUUCAAAUUACAACCCCAAGGAUGAACGUGAGGCGCAGGGUAUCUGUGAACGUGUGACCCCACGACUUUCUCACGCAAACUCUGCGGUUGUGCUUUCGGCUGUCAAAGUGCUGAUGAAAUUUAUUGAGCUUCUUCCUAAGGAUUCUGAAUAUUACAACACCAUUCUGAAGAAAUUGGCUCCACCUCUUGUCACCCUUCUGUCUGGGGAGCCAGAGGUCCAAUAUGUCGCCUUGAGAAAUAUCAAUCUUAUUGUACAGAAAAGGCCUGAAAUUCUGAAGCAGGAGAUAAAGGUAUUCUUUGUGAAGUACAAUGAUCCAAUCUAUGUGAAACUGGAGAAACUGGACAUCAUGAUCCGCCUGGCCUCUCAGGCGAACAUAGCCCAGGUCCUGGCAGAGCUGAAGGAAUAUGCCACCGAAGUUGAUGUUGACUUUGUGCGGAAAGCAGUUCGUGCCAUUGGCCGCUGUGCCAUCAAAGUUGAGCAAUCUGCUGAACGCUGUGUGAGCACUCUGCUUGAUCUCAUCCAGACAAAAGUGAAUUAUGUCGUCCAGGAGGCUAUUGUGGUCAUAAGGGAUAUCUUCCGCAAAUAUCCCAACAAGUAUGAGAGCAUCAUUGCAACCUUGUGUGAAAAUUUAGAUUCUCUUGAUGAACCAGAUGCGCGGGCAGCCAUGAUCUGGAUUGUGGGUGAAUACGCAGAGCGGAUUGACAAUGCUGAUGAACUGUUAGAAAGCUUUCUGGAUGGCUUCCAUGAUGAAAGUACCCAGGUGCAAUUGACCCUGCUUACGGCAAUUGUGAAAUUGUUCUUGAAGAAGCCUACCGACACUCAGGAGCUGGUCCAGCAGGUCCUCAGUCUGGCAACCCAGGAUUCUGACAAUCCUGAUCUCCGUGACCGUGGUUAUAUAUACUGGCGCUUGCUGUCCACAGACCCUGUGGCUGCAAAAGAAGUAGUGUUGUCUGAAAAGCCACUAAUUUCUGAAGAGACUGAUUUGAUAGAACCGACCCUGCUGGAUGAGCUCAUCUGUCACAUCGGGUCAUUGGCAUCUGUUUACCACAAACCUCCAAAUGCAUUUGUGGAGGGUAGCCACGGGAUCCAUCGCAAGCACCUGCCAAUGCAACUUGGAGGAAUUGAGCCUGAUAGUCCAGUUGGGCCAGCCCCUGCAGCAAACUUGACUUUGGAGCAACAGCCUCAAGUUAUUCCAUCCCAAGGUGACCUUCUGGGUGACCUGCUGAACCUUGACCUGGGUCCCCCUGUCAAUGUGCCACAGAUGUCUUCAAUGCAGAUGGGAGCUGUGGAUCUUUUGGGAGGUGGAUUAGACAGUCUGCUUGGGGGCGAUCUUGGCGGGCCUACUGGUGGGAGUCCAGCGGUCGGUCAAAGCUUUAUACCAUCUUCAGUGCCAACUACAUUUGGGCCCUCACCAACCCCUGCUGUGCCGAGCAGCGGCCUGAGUGAUCUGUUUGAACUCUCAACUGGAAUUGGAAUGGCAGCCGGCGGCUAUGUGGCUCCCAAAGCUGUAUGGUUACCUGCAGUGAAAGCUAAAGGUUUGGAGAUUGCUGGUACCUUUUCCCGACGGCAGGGUCACAUUUACAUGGAAAUGAACUUCACAAACAAGGCUCUACAACACAUGGUUGACUUCGCCAUUCAGUUCAAUAAGAAUAGCUUUGGUGUGAUCCCCACAACUCCACUUCCAAUUCACACUCCAUUGAUGCCAAAUCAGAGCAUUGAGGUCUCCUUACCACUGAAUACCAUUGGGCCAGUGAUGAAAAUGGAGCCACUGAAUAACCUUCAGGUUGCUGUGAAAAACAACAUUGACGUCUUCUAUUUCAGUUGUCUGGUUCCACUCAAUGUGCUGUUUGUGGAGGAUGGGAAAAUGGAGCGCCAGGUCUUUCUUGCCACUUGGAAAGACAUCCCCAAUGAAAAUGAGCUUCAAUUUCAAGUUAAAGACUGCCAUCUAAAUGCAGACAUGGUAUCCAAUAAAUUGCAGAAUAGCAAUGUGUUUACCAUUGCAAAGAGGAAUGUGGAAGGCCAGGACAUGUUGUACCAAUCCUUGAAGCUAACCAAUGGAAUCUGGAUGUUGGCAGAGUUACGCAUUCAACCUGGAAACCCUAACUAUACGCUGUCUCUGAAGUGCAGAGCACCGGAGGUUUCACAUUACGUCUACCAAGUCUAUGACACACUCCUUAAAAACUGAAGAUCGGAGCAAGCUCCCCCAACAUAAUGGAAGUAAAUGUCUUAUUACACUCCAUUCAGCAAGUACCACGGUCUGUGCAUAUGUGAAAUGGAUCGUAAACAAAAUAUACUUUUUUUUAUGGAAAUGUACUGAUUAAAUGGUGAAAUUUACAAUUGUAUAUGUUUAAUCAAAGUUGUCAACCAGUCUGUUUUUGGUGCCAGACAUUUGUAUUCUGUUCACUUUCUUCCUAAACAAAAACCACUGUUGAGACCACUAUUUCAAGGCGAUGUUAUUCCAUCUGAUAUGUUUGUUGUGUGCCAAGUUUUUUCUGUUUUAAUGAUUGCUUUAAACGCUACAUACAAUUAAUUAGGCUAUCAAAUUCAGGCGAGCAUAUAGUUCCCUGUAGGACAAAUUAAAUGUUGAGGGGGCGUCUUAACUAGAGGAGGGGUUAUGUUAAGGGGCAAAUACAGAGACCUGAAGUAAACUCUUGAAGUUCUUUCCCUGCUGAAGAUUUUUUUUUCAGUUGUUAGAGUUGCACUUAUUUGCAUCUCUACAGACUGUCCUUUCAGAUGUCCAUUCAAUUCCGCUGCAGAAUCUUUGCAAGUUUUUCAACUGCUUCAUGUAGGUGCUCCUAUAGAGAAGCUCGAAUUACCAAUGGCAGCCUCCCAUGCUCAUUUUUUAUUGGACAUUCUACUGUCUUUGAGGCUGGUAUUUCUCGCUGAAACUGCUGACCUUUCAAAGGUUUUUUUUGGUGGGAAUAUUGUAUUACUGCUGAAACUUGUGGAAUUUCCUACUUUGGGAACACCCUCAAAAGUUCUCCAAUUCUAAGAGGUUUAUUUGCAGUUACAGUUGUAAAUGGUAUCCUGCAUUAUGUGGUAUUCUACACUGUCCUCAUACAAGGUUUCCAAUUUUUGUAAAUGAUUUGCUCUCAUUGCAGUUUUUUUUUUAAACUCCAUCACGUUCUCAAUAAACUGUUUGUCAACAUAAUAACAGUGGUGUGGUAAAGCAGAGGGCAAUGUUUCACUGAAAUGCUAUUCGCUGUAUUUCGUUGAUGAUGCAUUCACUGACCCAUAUUAUUGCCACUCUCUGCCAUAAUUGACAUUUAUUUUCAGAGACAAUACUCUGCAUGUUCAUAUCUUGUGUUUAAGUGUGUCACUGUAGCUGAUUGUUGCAUCUGUAUCAACCGGAUUAUUUUUCAGCUAUGUUGUCAAUGAUAAGUAGCUUGGCAUGUGUCUGUCCCAAGUGAUUGCCUUGGCUUUGACAGUCCAGAAUGAAAAUCAGAUUUUAUAGAAUUUCUUUUGAUUCAGCCUCAGUGAAUGUAUAUACUAUUUUCAGGCUAAGGUAGUUUCAUGGCACCUUAAUCCCUAAUAACUGUGUGCUAACAGGCUUUUGUAUAUCCAUAAUGUUUGUUGCUAAGAAUGAGCUAUUGCACACAGUCAAGUUUGAAACACCCAGGGUGAUUGUAAUCUCUGAUCACCAGCAGCAUGUGUUGAAUUGGAACCUUACCUUCAACAUGCACUGUAUUCAAUAAUCAGAAAAGCACAUAAUGGAAAACGUCACAGCAGGUUUAUCUUCUACAGCACUUGACUUAUUUUUUUCAAAAUGUUUCACAAUGGUGGUUUCUUCAAACAAUUUUCUGUUUUAGUUUUAUAGUGUGUCCUUAUUAUUUUAGAAAUUUAGACUGAACAGUCACGGUAUCACUUUGUUUCCAGAGCUUACCUCUGUUUUAAUGCUGGUGUACUUCACCAUGUAGAGUGCUUCAGAAGUCUUCUCCUGAUCUCCAAAGAGGUAGACUUUUGUAAUGGAAAGUCAGGAGAAGUUAAUGUCAGCAACAAGGUAAGUAUCUUCCUGUGUAACUCUAACGGUUUUCUCUUCUGUUUAAUCCUCCCCAUCAUCUCUUUCUAUGCUGUACAACUCUAUGUACCAAAUGAACAAAACUAAAUACUUACUGCCCUAACUUUCAUGAAUGUUUAGACACAACCAUUGGUAUCAUGUAACAUUGUCUGUGUGAGAAUGCACAUCCUACCUGUCUUCAACCUUGUUUUGUUACCUUGAAUUAAAUGGGUUUGUGGAUUUGUUCAGGAGUGCUGUGCUGAUAUAUAAUCAAAAAUGUAACUUCUGCGUGUUGAUCAGCGUUAAUACAUAUAUGGCAAUUUAACAGAUGUAUGCUGUUUCCCCAGAGUGGUCUGAAGUGUUCAAUAAUUCCUAGUUGGUAAUCUUCAGUUUUAGGCCUAGUUUGUUACGUAGAUGAGUUGGAUUCGGCCGAUCAAGCAGUUCUGGAGAGAUCACAAGUUAAAGUUGAAAGCUUGAAAAAAGCAGUGAGCUGUUAGUCCAUUGCACCAUGCCCCACACAGACAAAAGGAACAAAAAGAAGCCAGACAGUUCCGACAGGGGAAAAAAACACACCACCUCAGCCAUUUCCUUUGUGCGGAUGUACAAAUUAGAAACAGAGGUAGGAUGGAUCAAGUCCUUUUCAAGAUUUUAACGUCGCUCGUCGACGAAUGAAUGCCCCUAUCUAGCAAAACCACGGCCAGAUGAUCUUAAGAGGACGGUAUAAAACAACGUGAAUCAGAAUUUCAGCGAAGCGCAGGAUGAGCUGGGUUUUUCAACCAUUAGACUAUGUUACCGCUCACUACCUGUUGUGUGUAGCGUGUACUUUAAUUAUUUAUCACCACUAUUACCCAUCACCAUUACUAUGUGACUUAAAAUACUACAAUUUAUUAUUAAACUAUGUUAAAUUUAAAAUACUAGUUAAAAUCAAACCUAUUUAAAAUUACUAAUUAACAUUAUUAAAAUAUUUAAAAUUUAACACUAAAAAGUUAUUAAAUUUUGUCAAUAGAGAAUAUUAAGAAUCCAUAAAAAUCAGUAGCAACUCGAGAGUCAAAGAUAAAACAAGGUUUGUGAUAUUCUGGGCGAAAGAUUUAAAUUUCACGAUACCGAGGUCUUUCAUUAAUUCAGUAUUCUUUUCGAACCACUUCCCUCUGGCUCCUAACACAAAACUGUAAAAAGAUAUAUUUCCUCCUCCGGUGAGGUCCAUUAUCUCUUUUUCUAGAUGUUUAUAUUUGCUUUUCAUUUCUUCCCAAGCCGACUCAAGAGAGUUAAUCUGUAGGUCCGUUCUAAUAGUAACGUCCACCACGACAAUCUGAUGUUCUUUCUUGAAAAUUAAAUCCGGUAUCUAAAGUUUUCCGGUAUCAUUUUUGAUUCGUGGUGCUAUAUAUAUUAUCCACCCAUUCUUCCUAUCAAACUUGACUAAUUCCUCUACUAUCUUAUUAUGUCUUUUAAUUCUCAUGUUUUUGACAUAUAGGCACCAUCCAGAAAUAUGCGCAAACGUCUCCGAAGUAUCAUUACACCUCUUGCAAUUCUUGAUAUUGAACGGUCUUCCGUACGACAAUGACGCCCAUGUUGAAAAUAAAUUUGUUCUUAACAAGAUCGAAUUAAUAACUUUGGACGUCUUCAUAAAUCGCAAUUUCGUCAACCAAUUGUUCGAUAUAUUAUCAUUUUUUUUAUAAUGGACACCGGCCCCUUGACAAGGGAGGGCCAUCCAUCUCUGUAAUUCAACGGAUCUCCAAUUUGCAUAGUUUGUACUGCUAAAGUCUUCCAUCUCCUCCUCACUAUCUUCCACGAUAAUACCAUCUUCACCCAAUUGCCGAUUUAUAUUCGGGUUCCAGAUCUUUUCCAGCACUUUUAAUUUACUAAAUUUAUACAUUUUCACAGCCACACUCUCACCCUCGAACCGAAACGAGGCAUGCAAAAUUUUGUCCUCGGAUUUACGUAACGUUCCAUACUUCCUCAAAAUCGAAAUUGGGAUGAAGGUUGACAAUCUGUUUAAUGCAAGGCCACCAUCACGGGGCUUGGCAUAUAACACUCCAUCCGUGAUGGAUUGCGGGAGGUGUAAAAUCUCUUUAACUGCGCUUUUAAUUAUGUUGUCUAGUUUAUUAAGAUAAUUAAUUGAAACUUCUGAUAAAAUUAGAUAAUAAUACAGCCUCGGAAUAAAAUAUGUUUUUAAAAGUUCUAAUUUUUGCACAGGUUUUAAAGGUGAUCUUUUUAGAUUUCCUAUCCAUAAGUCUAAUUGGCUUUCUCAGUCUGAUUGGCUUAUGCCAAUCCACGGGUCUAUCUUAGCUCCUAGGUAUUUAUCCGUGUUUCCCGGAUCUAUAAACUGUAUAUUCCCUUCAUUUAGCUUUCAAUUUGCUUUAUCGUUAUAUAUGAAUGUCUUAUUCUUAUAAGUAAAGUAGAAUCCUUUCGUUUUAUUUAUAUUAACCUCCAUUCCCGUAUUGUUACAAAAGUUUCCCACAAGUUUUAGAUUAUAAACCAUACCAGCAUACGAUUGACUAAUUAGAGCUAUCUCAUCUGCGAACACUAACGUUGCGCAGUGAUAACUAUCCCUAUCUAAUCCUAAAAAUAUUCCUUUCUUCCUCUCUUCGAUGGUACUUAUCAAGGGAUCCAUUAUUAUAUUAAAAAGAAUUGGUGACAGUGCGUCACCUUGCUUGACACCUCUUAAAAUUUUAAUUUUUCCCAUUUUACAAUUAAAACCUUCUACUUGAGUAAAAUUAUUAUCAUAUAAGUUUGUAAUCAAUUUAAUAAAUAUUAAGGGGCGCUGGAGUCUUUUAAGAGCAGUUAUAAUUAGUUUAUGGCCUACUGUAUCGAAGGCUUUUGCUAAAUUCACAAAAACCACCGCUAAAUCUCUUUUAUUCUUUUUAGCCCCAUUAAUAAUAUUUUCCAGGAUUUUAAUGUUUUCCUCACAUCCUGCUACACCAGCCAUAAAACCUUUCUGUCUUUUGUUUAAAUUUAUCACUUUACUUAAUCUAUUCUCUAUAAUUUUUGUGAAUAACCUAAGCAUCAUUGGGCCUAUCGUAAUUGACCUCCAAUUAUUAAUGUCUCUUAAUCCUUCUUCCUCACUCACUUUAGGAAUCAAUACCGUUCUACUUAUCUUCAUUUGAUCUGGGAUUUUGCCUGUUUUUAUCAAAAUAGUAUAUAAUCUAGGAAAUAAUGUGCUAUCUUUAUUGAAUAUCUUAAUUAUCUCUUUCAGCGUUAUCCUAUCUGGUCCUGCAGCGGUUUUCAC